AUGGCCCAAGACGAUGAAGUCCACGAAGCGGUGCGCAAUGCGCAGCCAGUGCAGCAACCUCCUCAACGGCCCCAGGAUCCCUCAAACAACAUGAAACGCGUCGACCCCUUCCAAUUUGGAUCACGGUACCUCGAACAAGGCGACGAUGUCUUUGAGUUCAAUGCUUGGGAUCACGUCGAACCCGACGAUGAAUUCAAGGCCUUUGCCGAGGCUCAAUACGAAAAGCAGCGCGCCACACCCGUCUCCGAGUUUGACCAAAACCGUUUCAACAAUGACCCCGCCAAGUGGUGGAACAACUUUUACAAGAACAACACGGCCAAUUUCUUCAAGGAUCGCAAGUGGUUGCGUCAAGAGUUUCCCGUACUCGCGGACGUGUCUCGCAAGGACGCUGGACCCAAAGUCGUUUUGGAGGUUGGCGCCGGCGCCGGAAAUACCGCUUUUCCUUUGAUUCGACACAACGAGAACGACUCGUUGAAGGUUCAUGCGUGUGACUUCUCCAAAUAUGCCGUGCAGGUCAUGCGGGAGAGUCAGGAGUAUAACACCAAAUACAUGGUUGCAGAUGUCUGGGACGUGGCCGCCGUGCCGACCGAGAGUGAGGAUUCCUUGCCGCCCGGCUUGGGCGAGGGCUCCGUGGACGUGGUUGUGCUCAUUUUCAUCUUCUCGGCUCUGAACCCGGACCAGUGGAAUCGUGCGCUGCACAAUAUCUGGCGUGUCUUGAAGCCCGGCGGCUGCGUGUUGUUCCGCGAUUAUGGCCGCGGGGACCUGGCCCAGGUGCGCUUCAAAAAGGGCCGAUACAUGUCGGAGAACUUUUAUGUCCGUGGUGACGGAACCCGUGUCUACUUCUUCGACCAGGAGCAAUUGCGACAGAUAUGGAGCCGUUGGACGCCGGAAAAGGGAGUUCAGAUCGACAUGGACGCUGCGCCGGAAUCGAUCCCGGCGGAGCCGAGUGCGCCGUUCGAAGUCAAGCACUUGGGAGUCGAUCGCCGGCUUUUGGUCAAUCGUUCCAGUAAGCUGAAGAUGUACCGCUGCUGGAUGCAGGCCAAAUUCGAGAAGCGGUUGGAAACAGACUCCUCUGCGCUGAAGACCGACAAGGACAACACUACCAAGGGCGAGUGA